UGGCGAUCAUGUGCGACUCGAAGCACACGAUGGAAGAGGCGGGCGAGAAUGUUGAGGAGAUGUCACAGAUUAUGGGGUAUUGGUACGUCGGAUGGCGUGAUGCACUGCAAGAGCGCGGCAGAUGAGACGGAGCGAAGCGAGAGCAAGAGCAUUUUCUUCCUGGACAGGCUGGGAGUGAUGCCUCGUGUGGCACUCGUGCACGAUUGCUGCCACAACACCGGCGCCGUUCUUUCUCUCCCAGAACAACCAGGCAGGCUAUCGCUUCAUCGAUUCGCUGCAUUCACGCUCUAUCUUCACCUGGUCCAGCAGACUGUCGACCACGGAAAAUGCUCUGCGCCGAUCCUCCAAAUAGAUCCCCAAUGCGGAAAGCCACACUCCUUGCUUGCUUGCCACGUCUUGGUGACAACGUUGAACGAAUCUCUCCACGUUGUGUAACUUGCACCGCAGCGUCUGGUCCACGGCUCUGCGGCGUCAGUCACCAGGUGUCUCGAAGACGCAAGCUCGCCCGCGGAGUCCGCCAUUUUCGUGAAAACUGUCGCUUCCCGUUGUCGUCGCCUCAUCCUACUACCACAAGUCGUUCUGACUCGACUCUGCCGUCCGUCCGUUCGUUCUUAAACUUCCCCUUGCCGCCAAAGACCGCCGUCAAUCGGGCCAUGUACGAGCUGGACGUGGAAAAGCGUUGAUGUCCAUUCUGCAAACAGAGCGCAGAACGAGAAUGCAGAUUCCACCUGUGGAAGUCAUCCGAAAAUGGCCAAAAGCAAACUACGACAAUCCCACUACGCGAGGAGACGCACUUCUGGUGCUGAUGAUCUGUUUUAGCAUUUUGGUGGGCUUGGCCAUCGCCGGCCGCUUUUACUCGCGCUUGGUGGUGAAAAACUGGUUUGGAUGGGAUGAUGGAGCAAUCAUAGUUGCUUUUAUUUUCACCAUCGCGUUGAAUGUAAUUGUGAUACUGGCCAAUCGCCAGUUUGGGUGGAAUCGCCAUAUAUGGGACGUCAAACCGACCAUGAUCCAGGAUGCGAACAUAGCCGCCUUUACAGCCAAAUUGCUGUUUGUGGGCGCCUCGACUUUCACGCGGAUAAGUUUGAUAUGUUUCUACUACAGGCUGGUUCGCGACAGUGGCAUUGCAUGGUUUGCACACGUGCUCCAUGCCAGUAUGGCCUUCGCUGUGGGACUUGGAUUGGCCUUCACGUUCGUUGGCGUGUUCCUUUGCAUACCGGUUCAAGCGUACUGGAUCUACCCGCCCAUGGCCAAUUACCACUGCCUGAAUGAAGGAACGGUGACUCUUACCAUCGGUAUCUUCAAUUGCUGUGCUGACUUGCUCACCACCAUUCUGCCGAUCCCUCUUGUGUGGCGACUUCAGAUGGCUCUGAGACAACGCAUUGGUAUAUCCCUCCUUUUGAGUCUGGGUUUCAUCGUCACUAUCGCUGGCGCUCUACGGACAUACUUUAUUUGGCAGUCAUUGAUAGGUACUUGGGACACGACAUGGUACUCAUACCCCCUAUGGAUUUGUGCUGCUAUUGAGAUUGACAUUGCUGUCAUAUGCGCUUGUGCGCCGGCUCUCAAGCCAUUAUUGCAUAAACCCAUCUCUCGAGUGACUUCGAAGCUAUCCGACAAGCUCUCCUUCAAGAGUUCUAGAGGGUCCUCACGAUCUCGAGCCGCCUCCCGUGGCACACUGACAUCCAGCGUGGGAAAGUCCAAGUCUUCUCUCUUUUUUGGCACUCCUUUGCGGAAGUCGCCCGCUGACAGCGUCUGGGACGGCGACGAUGAGUAUGGCAUGCUGGAAACGCUUCCUUCUCAUCAGGACAAGAACACAGGGGUCUCUGCUACUGCAACCGCAUCUCACGGAGAGGACGACAUCACACCGUGGUCGAUCACUGAGCCUCCGGGAAGCAAGCCAGUACGCAAGCCAACACUUGAGAUCAUGAAACGGCAAUCAGUCGAGAUGUCAGUUGAUCACGCAGUUGACAGAAUUUCGGUCGAUCGACGACGUGACGAAGCUUUUGGCAUGAAAUAACAUGAGGCGUAUAGGUUAGCAUUGUAAUAGCACGUUGACGCAACAGUGGUUGUAGGUGGGCAUAGGGGAAGAUACCCAGGGUGGUGGGAUGGACAUGUUGUACACAGAAGUGUUUACUUGAGGACUGCAUCUGGUAGAGGUCGGCAACGCUUAGGACGGAAAGGAACGAAAGCAUCUAUUAGUAGCUAAAAGUUUCGAACGUUUUCAAAACUUCUAUCUGUGUAGCUGCG